CGACGACGACGACGACGACAACAACAAUAACGAAGAGAAGGUGGAGGUGGAGGAGAACGGAGGUGGUGGUGGCGGUUGCGCCGGCGACCGGAGCCGCGCGUAAGUUAUCCGGUAAGUCGGAGAAGAUCGGUGGUGAUCGGACGCGAGUAUUCGAGUUUUUCCUCGAAUAAAGAGGGUUGCGCAAAGUGUGUCCACCCCGGCGGAGAAACAAGGGAUUGAGGAAAAAAAAACGAACGAACGAAAGAACGAACGAACGAACGGAUGGACGGAAGGAAGAAAGAUAUUACAGUGAUUUUUGUUGGUGUGUAAAGAACGGGGGGGAAGGAAGGGAAUAAGUAAGCAAUAAAUAGAAAACCGACUAAAUAAACAAAGAGAAAGAGAUCCGGUCAGUGAUUAAUUCCUCCUUUCUCCCUUAUUUUUUUUCUCAUUGUUGUUGUUGUUGUUGUUUUUUUUUUCUUUGUCCAUUCUCCCUUUCUUUCUUUCUUUUUUCAUCCCUCUCACAUAUCGUGUGCUAACAAUCGUUUCGCAAGGAUCCAACAACGAUCGGGCGGGGCGCUUUUGGUGAAAGAAGGGGCCUCCGAGGGGCGGCAACAAAAACAGGCCGUUCUCGUACGAGGGUGAGGAUGGACGGAGUGAGAGAUAUGUAGAGAGAUAGGGAAAGAUUGAGAGGAAGGGCAAAGGGUGAAGUGCGAAGUGAGGUGCCUAGGUGGAGGUGGUGGUGGUGGUGGUGUUGGUGUUGGUGGUGUUGGUGGUGGAGGAAGAGGAAUAGAAAGAAAGAGGGAGAGAGAGAGAGAACUAGAGAAGAAGGGGGCUGCGGGGCUCGGAGGGGGGCUAAGAGCAGCCGCGAGGGGGCGCAAGGCAGACGCAGCGAGAGAGGAUAUUGACAUUUUCGGCCGUGGGGACGCGCAUUCGUGAGGGUGGCCAAGAGGGGUACGGGAUAGUCGGCUCUCCGUCCGAUCCUGCAGUAUCCAUGGCUACGCCGUCGGCGAGGAUUUGGCGCAAAACACCGGAAAUACCGUGUGCAUGACUACGUUUACGACGGUGGAGGGCCGCGUACAAAGAGAAAAUCACCGAGGGCGAUUUUUGACGGCAUCGACCACUUCGGAGAUCGUCAUUCGCCAAUCGACGUGAUCAUGCCACGAAGAAGCUGAUGAAUUUAGACGAUCGCAAUGAUGUGACAAUAAAGAUACCUCUUUCUAAUCUCGAUUAUUUCGGGGAAUUGUCCCUGUUAUACAGUGCUUCCCAAACCUCAUACCAUAAAGAGAACACGAAGAUCGCUAAAAAAACUCCGGAAAUGGUAUUUCGAAACUGGUGCCAAAAGUCGACAGACAAGCCAAGUGAAAUUCGCAUAGUGUGUCAAAAAUUAAUACAAAAGGGAGACCUAUAACGAAAUACAAAGAAAUUAAAAUACAAGAAGAAAAUACUCAACCGAAAAUAAUAACAAAAAAAAAGAGGGAUAAUAAGAAAACAAAGAAGAAAAGGAUGAAAAGAUAAGAGAGAAGAGGAACAUACAUAAUAUAUAUACAUACAUACAUACAUACAUACAUACAUACAUACACACAUAGAUACAUAUAUAAAUAUAUAAAAGGGUUUGUUUGUUCCGUGUGUCGUUAAGGGAAAAACAGAACUAUAAAAAAGAAAAAUUUAAAGAAAGGGACGGUGCAAUAUACAGAAAUAAGAAAGGACGAAAAAGGAAAGAGAACCAAAAAUUAAUCAAACGAAGAGAGAGAAAGAGAAAGAGAGAAAGUAAGAAAGAUCUGGGUAGAGAUUGGAAGAAAAGGAUUGUUGAUUCGUGUGAAAGGUUUGGUGGUAUUGAGUUGAGGUGGAGGGGACGUGAAAGAGGAAUUAGAAAAGGAGUGAUAGAAUGGGCAACAAGCUGUCCUGCAGCUGUGCUCCUCUUAUCAAAAAAUAUCGUUACGAUGAUUCCCCAUGGCAGACCGGAGCCAGGGGUGGAAUGGGCGGCGGUGGAGGGCGCAGGGGUGAUACUGGCCACUUGCUCAGGCUAUGGGCCGAAGUAUUCCAUGUGAGUGCCAGUGGAGCCGGGACUGUUAAAUGGCAGCAGAUCUCGGAGGAUUUAGUUCCUGUUAACAUCACUUGUAUCCAAGAUUCACCGGAAUGUGUUUUCCACAUAACGGCAUACAACAGUCAGGUCGAUAAGAUUUUAGACGUGCGGUUGGUACAACCAGGUACAAGGAUUGGUCAAGCGUCAGACUGUUUUGUUUAUUGGAAGGAUACUAUGACAAACGAUACAUGGGGCUUAAAUUUUACUUCCCCCAUAGAUGCUAAACAAUUUAGAGAAUGUUGCUCACCAUCGUUCAAGAUUUCAAGGAAAGCGUCCUCUUCUUACUCGUUGAAGCUCGAACCACCGAACAAGCAGAAAAUCAAGACUCGUCGAAAGCCUGUCUCUACUCCUGCAUCGCCCAGCAGAUCCAGGGAACCACAGUGUACGUGUAUGGCUUCUGAACAAUUUGCCAGAUUACGAAGUCAAGAUGCUAGAUAUCGUGGUUCUUGUGGUUCUUCGACGCUUCCAAGAACCAUGGCACGAUCAACGGAAAUGGAAAUGACACCUGGUCGUGAAAAAAUAACGGCGGCAACAUCGAGCGCAUCGUUAUACGAUAAUGUUAAUAACGCUAACGCAACUCCAGGAAAAACGUCGAAAACUAGCGAGACGAGUAAACCGAAAGAGAAACAAAAUGAAACGUGUCAGACAACACCUAAGACCGCGAACGUUGGUAUUGGUACGGUUACUGUUGGAUCUCAGAUCGACAGUCCGGAAGAAAAAGGUUCGGCUAUUUCGCCAAAGAAAUCGCAAAAAAAUCAAGACACGUCGACUCAACAGAACGGGACUGAAACGUUGAAAUCCGAAGGGACCCAAGCGGGUGGCACGUUGCAGAAUAAAACAUUACGAAAGGAGCAGCUUCAUCAUACCAAAUCCGCGGAUUAUACUGAACUGGAAAUGCAGAACGGUAACAUCUUCAAUAUCGUCAAUAACAACAACACCGGACGAAAAUUAAAAAGCAAGAGCACCGACGACAUGAGAAUCGAGAAUGCACAAAACGGCGGAAUCAGCUUAGAUUCUAAUACGCUGAAGAGAAUGUUGAAACCAAUGUCGAGCAUCGAUAGUCCCGUAACAUCACCCGAAAUGACGAGAAAGAGGCACAGUCAUCAUAGUUAUCAUUAUCAUCCGAGUAAUAAUAAUCAGAAGUAUGUUAUGCCGGAAGCUGAAAACGAGAAUUAUUCUCAUCCUUAUCGUGCACCGUAUAACAACAAGUUUCAAGCUUCUAGGAGCGUUCACGACAUGGGUCGACAAUAUCCUGGCGGCAGAGGCAGGACGUACUUAGAUUCGGAACGUAAUCGGUGCACAGGUGAUAUGUCCCCGCCUUCGGAUAACGUCAUUUUCGAUAAUCAAUGUUACGCGACAACACCGAGUUCUUCAAAUGGUAACUCGGAUAUGGAACAAUCAAACCAUUGCAACUCUCGUCGUUGCAACAGCGGCCAGACAUAUCAACAGCAAAAUAUGCAAUCGGUUUCGACACCUGGUAGCCCGACCAGCAGGCUUCUUUUAGAAUAUGAAAGACAUCUCAGGAAUACUCUGGCCAAGGGUAUGGAUGCUGAAAGUUAUAGUUUGCGUACGUUCGAAGCUUUGUUGACUCAAAGCAUGGAAAACCUGGAAUUGGCCGAGAACGUUUCUUUGAACGUUCAACGCACGCCCCACGUUUCCCGAAGACGAUUGAGUUCAAACAAAUCAUCGACGUUACCGGUGUCGUAUCGUUAUUGUAACGAAAGACAAAACAGCAAAGAUCGGGAUGGCUAUUACAGCGAUCGAAACGAGAUAAUAAGGGAAAAGAGAGAACGUGAGGUGGAUCGUGAUCGCGGGUACCUCAGCGAUUACAAUUCUCGAUGCGCCAGCUGUAUCGGGGAAUCGGCACGUGCUCAGUGGUUCAGGCAUUCGGAUGGUUGGCAAUCCGGAAGUUCGACUCUCGGUUCAGGUGCAUCCAGUUCAAUAAAUCCAGGUUAUUCGAUUCAUAAAAGAGAAUCUCCAUGGGAUUCAUUACCGUCUUUGAGACACGAAGGGAGUCUCAACGAUAGCGGUUACAAAUCAAAUCGUACGGAUUCCUUGGAGCAAAG